AUGGCUGAGAAAGCAUGUAAAUUACUUCUCGAGGUCGAUGAAUAUUUUAAUAAUGAAAUUGUCGAUGUGACCAAAUUUGAUUCUAAAAAGAGUUAUUUCGAAUAUAAAUGUCCUCGAAAUAAAUUAAAGGAAUACAAAUGCACAAAUAAUAAUGAAAGAAUUAACGCUUUGGGAGCAUAUUUAUACCAAAAAUUGGGUAAUAUUGCUAAUGAUUUUAAAGGAGAAGGAGAUAAUGGUAACCGACAUAUUGAGAUAUUUAUGAUGUGGCUAGGCGAUAAAUUAUAUAAGUUAGAAAAAAACAAAGCCGCAACAUUGGACGAAUCUUAUAAAAAUAAUUUAGAGAAACAUACAGGAAAUUAUAAAUAUUGGAACAUUUUAGGUAGUAAACAGGAAUAUAAGAUAGCUAAUGUUUGGUAUAUGAGUGAAUUGUAUAGCUUACUCAAUAAUAUAUGCAGUAUAGUUAUUGAAUAUAAAAAAGACAAGAACAAACAGAAAAUCGAACAAAUUUCCUCCAAAUGUUACAAGGAAUUUGUGAGUAUUUAUAAAGAUAUUAAAGAAUGCUAUUCAUAUUUUCAUUUAUUAGAGUUCUUAAAAAAAAUAUAUGAUGAUAUUAGAAAUGAUGCUAUUAAAGACGCCAAUACUAAAAAAGAGGGUAUUAAACACGUCGUUACUAGAGAUAAUAAUUUUAGAAGAGUUAUUUCCAAACAAAAAAAAGACUCAAAACAAAUAUUACAAUAUGUAUUGGAUGCUUCAACAAUUUCUCUCAUAGAUUUAACUCCACAAAAUUGGAAUCAAAGGUUUUCGAACGAUUCUAAUAAAAUAGUUGAUUUACAAACUAAAAAUUGUGGUGGAUUACAUUCUGAAAUUGCGCGACGGGCGAAAAAAGAUAUAUCAAAAGAGACACCGACACCACAAUUCCAACCAGAGCCAUUAUCAGCAUCUCAAAAAUCAGGGACCCCCCCUCAAAGUGGAACAAAGGAUUCAAGCACUCAGAAAGAAAAUUCGGAUAGUGAAGGUGAUGGAAAAGAAGGCACAAAUAAUUUAUCAGGAAGUACAGGUGGUGGACCAGGUACUGGAGCAAGUGGUGGACAAAGUGAUCAAGGAGGAUCACCUGGUGGAUCAGACAGUCAAGGGGGUUCAGAUGAUGGGUCAAAGGCAUCAGGGGAUCAGGCCCCAACACAUCCAUCAGGAAAAUCCAAUGGAAAUUGGCUAGGAAAUUUGGGAAUGAGUUUGAAUCUUACGGGUUAUAUCUCUAGUGUUUCCGGUAUAUAUGAAUCUUCAAAAAAUAUUUUAACAAAUACCGCUAAUCAAAUCAGGAGUGCAUAUAAUAGUGCUAAGGCCAUUGCGCAAGAUACUUAUAGUGCAGCUACUAAUUAUAUCGGUGGUGCUGUUAAUAGUAUAACUACCCAAUUUAAUCAAUUCGGCACUUAUCAAUUAGGUGAUAACCGAUCUGGAUCAAAUAGUUUAGGGGGUGGAGUGAAUACAUCUGAUCAGUCACAACAAAAAUCAAUCGACUCACCGACUAGAUCUACACUAAUUCACCAAAUUGGACCUACUGGUGGAAAUAUGAGAUCUCAAACACCACCAUCUGGUCAAGAUACAUUACCAAUUUCUGGUAGCAAUCCUUUAAAUACAAAAAAAGAAAACGUAAAUACUGUAGCAAAUUUUAAAGUGAAAGAAGUUCCAUCAAUAUGGUGUAUAGGAACGAAUACCAAAUGUGACAUAACGGGGAUUAGUAUUAUAGUUAUUUCAAUAUUCGCUUUUUUAGCAAUUAUGUAUAAGUAUCUAUCACUUGGGUGGACAAGCAAAUCGAAGAGAAAAAAAAACAUAAAAAAGGUUAUAAAUUCAAUUGGAGGGAAAAAACUGGUUCAAAUAAUUAUAAAAUCAUAUGAUAGGAACAAAGACCUAAAACCGAUUAUAAAUUCAGUUGGUAGAAAAAAAUAUUCAUUAUUAAAUAUAUACAAACUUAUGCAGGCUGAUCCUGUACCAUUUAUUAAUUUAUUUUUUUUGUUAAUUUUUUUUGUUUAUAAAAAAAAAUUAAAUUAUUUAGAAUUAUAA